UAGUAUUCAGUCAUACAGUAAUCUGAUACUGGUGUGUGCAGCACUAACGUGACUGUUGCUUUAUUGCACGUCAGUAUUCUUUCUGCUCUUUCGCUGUAACAGGUUCUUCCACCCACCUUUAAUCUCUAGUGUAUUUCUAUACUUGAAUGAAGACUGCAAGGUUGUAAGUGGUCAUGGGCAAGAGCUGUAAGGUGGUGGUGUGUGGUCAGGGAUCCGUGGGGAAAACCGCGCUUCUGGAGCAGUUACUGUACGCCAACCAUGUCGCAGGUUCAGAGACCAUGGAGACACUGGAGGACAUUUACAUCGGGUCUGUGGAAACGGACCGCGGCACCCGAGAGCAGCUGCGCUUUUACGACACGCGCGGGCUGCGCGACGCUCUCGAGUUUCCGCGGCACUACUUCACUUUCGCCGACGGCUUCGUGCUCGUCUACAGCAUCGACAGCAAAGAGUCCUUCAAACGCGUAGAGGCUCUGAAGAAAGACAUCGACCGCUGCCGGGACAAAAAAGAGGUGACUGUUGUUGUUGUGGGUAAUAAGUUGGACCUGCAGGAUCAGAGGAGGGUGGACAGCGAGGUGGCUCAGCAGUGGGCUCGGCAGGAGAAGGUCCGGCUGUGGGAGGUCUCUGUGACCGACAGACGGACGCUCAUCGAGCCCUUUGUCCAUCUGGCCAGCAAAAUGACCCAGCCUCAGAGCAAAACCACCUUCCCACUCAGCCGCAACAAGAACAAGGCCAGCGGCUCUCUGGACAGCUAGAGAUGGAGAAGAUAGCAAUAGCCCUAACAGAGUAACAUAAAGAUAUGUUAGAAGAGAGAUGCCAGGAACAGAUGCUCGAUUUGAUAUCUUUUGAAACAUUUGACAUUGGAGUGCCAUUGUAAGUUUAGCACACCGUAUGAAGUUACUGCAUUAAUGAAGUUUUAUAUUCUUAAACAUACAGGAUAGAAUCCAUGUGUUUCUAUGACAUAUUUCUCUCAUGCUUAUCUUGAAGCAGUUGACUGACAAAAAAUACUGCUUUUACACUUAAAUAUAUAGUGACAUUUGUGCCAUGAUGACUACUCUUUUGUGACGUCAACUUGACAGAAGAUUGUCUUAAUUUAGUUAAGCGGACUGCAUGGAUGAUUUACUUAUUUCCAUUUGUUUAUAUUUUGUCAGACACAUUCCUAUUCAAAUGUUUACUGAUUUAUUCCAUAAGAACACCUAAGUGUAAUUAGUUUGAGUUUGUUUGAUUGUGAGUGAGUUCACCACUGUGCCAUUAUAGUUUUUACCCCGAUGACUGUAUUUCAUGAAUAUUCAGUCAUAUUGUGUAAUGUUAGCUUUCAAUUGUGAACAUAAAUUAUAGAUUUCUGUUCUUUUUAUAUGGAAAAAUAUGACUUAUGAAGAUUUGACUCUUAUUUUUAGCUGAGAUCGCUUUUAAAUACAUUUUGACAUUAGUUUGUUUAAAAGCAUUUUUGUCUGAAACAAAGACCGUGCGAGCAGCUAAUAAAGCUGCUUGGCUGCAAUUGUUUUCCACUCAUUCAUCUGUUCUAAUCUAAAUCUAAAGUAACUCUUAAUUUACACAAUGGUCAAAAAUAAUGUUAAUGUUCUAUAAAGAAAUACAUUUUAAGCACGUGAUCCGUAGACACACUUCAAAUCUUGUCUGCUUAACAGCACAGCAGCAGGCUUCCAUCUGAAUGAGCCUGACAUAUCUGCAGUCUCUCUCUUCGGGGGAGUAAACCAGAGAACUGCUUUUAUUUGCCCUUUAUCUAUCUUUUCAUGGAGUAGAUAUUUCAUUUAGUUCAUGGCUAGAUCGGCAGUGACCUUAUAAUAGAGGGCUCUCCACUUCUGCCAGGGAGAGUGUGUGUGUGUCUUGAACAAUGUCUAAAGUUAACACUUGCUUCAAGCUACUCUUCAUUUCAUGAGGCUUGCAUCAAUGGUGUUUACAGAUCACAGAUCAAAUGCUUCACAUUAUGCAAAUGUACUUUUUACCCGCUGUUACACAAUACAUUAAACACAUUGCAAACUUCACACAACAUAUAGUAUCAAAGAUGCACUCUUUAAAAGGGUCCCGGAACUUCAUGAGCAGCAGAACGGACUGACACCCCAUUAACCGAGCAAAAGGAAGCACACUUGAAAAAUGGAAUAGACAAAUAAUUAUUGACUUUCCAUAAUAAAAUAUACUUUUGUUUGAA